CCCCUGCAGCAUCGAGUCCUGGUAUGUUCCUUAAGGUUGGAAUUUUAACUUUUUCUCUGGCCAGAAAUCAUCCAAGGAAAGGUUUUAACACGAAACAUACUUCAUUUGUACUCACAAUGAGUGACCAGGAAGUGACUUACUCAACUGUGAGAUUUCUUAAGUCUUCUUCAGAAUCAAAGAAUAGAGUAAGACUUGAGGAAACACAAGGGCCUGGAGAAGCUAAAGACAAAGAGUGCUCAGUGCCCUGGCGUCUCAUUGCAGUGGCUCUCGGGGUCUUUUGUUCACUUAUGUUGGUGGCAAUUGCAGUGUUGGUGACACAGAUUUUUCAGCACCGUCAACAAAAACAUCAAAUUGAGGAAGAUUUGAAAAACUGUACUCAAGAAAACCACAUCUUGAAAAAUAAGAUGUAUUUAAAAGAAGAAAUGUUGAGAAAUCAGUCUACAGAGUAUGAGAUCCUCAAAAGUGUUAAAGAAGGGAAAAGAUGCCCCAUGGAAAAUACAAUCAGUUUAAAUUGUUUAAAUCCUGCAGGCAGACCCUUUGAAAGACCGUUCUGUUGUGGCGUGAAGUGUUAUUAUUUUACCAUGGACAAUAAAACCUGGGAUAAAUGUAAGCAGACUUGCCACCAUUCCAGUUCAUCCCUUCUGAAGAUAGAUGACGAGAAAGAACAGAACUUCCUUCAGCCCCAGCUUUCUUCACACACGUAUUGGAUUGGAUUAUCAUAUGAUACCGGGAAGGGAUGGCAGUGGAUCGACAAUGGCACAUCUAGCUUGUCAUCAAACCUUGGCAGCGAUGGCUUCUCCCGAAUGAGCAAAGUCACUUUUCACAAGUUGAAUUUAACGAAUUUUCAACCUGGAGGAAGAAAAUGUGUAUUUUUCACUUCAACAAGGAUAGAUUAUAAUGCUUGUGAGAAUAACUACUCCUGCAUCUGUGAGAAGAGAAUGGAUCAGUUCUUCAACUCAGUGUUCAACAUGAAGGAAAUGUUUACGAACAAGGCUCGGGAUCUUCUAAUCCUGGAUGAGGGGAUGGAAAAGAAAAUGCCUAACAGCAGGUAUUCUGGAAGCAUCCACACUCCAUCUAAGGACCUAUAUGACUAUGUAGCUGGUUACCAUCUUGACUUCCGUGACAGUAUGAGCUUUCAUCACAUAAUUUCCUCUUCUCACUUUGGUCACGUGGAGGGGCAGAAGAUUUUGUGCUGGAGCAUCAGUCAGUGGCCACACACUUCUGCCUUUCACCUUGGAGCCUCUGAGGGGCUCAGGACAGAGAGCCUGCUUGUCCUCACUGGGACCACUUCUCUCCACCGGCAUCACUGCCUGGCUGAGAUUCAGGUAAAAGCUGUUUUUAUUACUUCAGAUUUCCAGACGGUGUGGCAGGAGAAAAGAAAAUCAACUCAAGAGCUUACACCAAACACAGCUUCACCUACUCCCAAGAUGAGCAACCAGGAGGUGAUUUACACAACGGUGAGAUUUCUUCAGUCUCCUUUAGAGUUACAGAACAGAGUAAGAUCCGGUGAUACUGAAGGGCCCAGAGAAGCUGACCACAAAGAGUGCACAGUGCCCUGGCAUCGUGUCGCUGUGGCUCUCGGGGUCCUUUGUUUACUUCUGCUGAUGGCAGUCAUAGUAGUGUUGGUGACACAGAGCAAAUGCUUUGAAGGACAUUGGUUCUGUUGUGGCACAAAAUGUUAUUAUUUUAUCAUGGACAGUAAAAACUGGAAUGGAUGUAGGCAGACUUGCCACGAAUGCAGUUUAUCCCUUUUGAACAUCGAUGACAGUGAUGAACGGGACUUCCUUCAGUCCCAGGUUAAAGGAACCAGUUACUGGAUUGGAUUAUCAUAUGAUAAACAGGAGAAGAAAUGGAAAUGGAUUGACAGUGGCUCAUCUAACCUCGAUUUGACAGCAUUGAAUUUACAACGCGAAGGAGGAAUGUGUGCAUUUUUGACUUCAACAAGAAUAGACGAUAGUGACUGCGGUAAAACCUACCCGUGCAUCUGUGAAAAGAGAAUGGAUACGUUCUCUGAUUCAGUCUGCAACAAGAAGGAAAGUACCGCGUAUCUUAAGCCUCUGCUUCUUAGAUUAUGGCUGUUAGAAACCUCCUAUGAAUGGAAUCAUGAGGUAUUAUCCUGUGCCUGGCUUGUUCACUUAGCGUUAUUUCCUCAAGUUCAUACACAUUCUCACGACUUCCUUUGGUCCCAAUUUAAAGGAAACAGUUACUGGAUUGGAUUAUCAUAUGAGAAACAGGAGAAGAAAUGGAAAUGGAUUGACAGUGGCUCAUCUAACCUCAGUUUGACAGCAUUGAAUUUAAAACAUCCAAGAGGAAUGUGUGCAUUUUUGACUUCAACAAGAAUAGACGAUAGUGACUGCAGUAAAACCUACCCGUGCAUCUGUGAAAAGAGAAUGAACACGUUCUCUGAUUCAGUGUGCAACAAGAAGGAAAGGUAUAUGCAGGUGGCUGCAGAGGAUCAGAAGGGCUCAGAUCCCCUGGAGCUGGAGUUACAGGCAAAUGUGAGCCACCCAACUUGGUGGCUCACAUUGAUAUCAGGUCUUCUGGAAGAGCUGGGAGCACUCUUACUCACUGAGCCAUCUCUGUAGCCCCCUCAAGUUAUUGUUUUUGAGCAAAGUUUUGAAGUUCACCAUGAUUUCCCUGUGGCUAUCUCGGUUUUUGCUGUAUUUGUUGAAGUACUGUCU